AUGUGCCUAACACAUUGGACAAGUUCAACAUAUCCUGAUUUACGUGGUCCAACUGUAUCAAAAUGUGCUGUUAACCUUUCACCCGAUGAACAAUACUAUAUUUGUGAUCCCGAUCAUGUCCUUAAUACUUCUGAAGCACGAUUCUUAAAUGAACAACUUUAUAAUUUAACAAUUGAUACGCCAUGUCAUUGUCAACGACGUUCACAAUGUGCUACGGGUGAAGAUAUAAAUAGUCCAUUUCAUGGAUUUGUUGUAUCAGUUGCAUUGGUCAACAAUUUACAAAUGACCAUUCAUAGUCCAUC